UUUAUGCGAUAGAGACUGCUACGGGGGUCUCGUUUUCACGGACAGGACCUCCUCCGUCCGAUAAAACCUGCAAGCACUUAAAAGAUUUUCACACUAACCAUUUCAGCAGCAGUAAAUGAAAAACGAGCAUCUGCUAAAUGAAAGGCCUGUUUACCUAAAAUGGUAACACACUGUUUGCUACCCAAAGUCUAGGAGAAGGUCUAAAGCUGUUUGGUUUAAUUUGCGUUGACAUGGUGGGGGGGUUGCUGACUGCUGAUUGCUAAUGUUUCUUCUGCAAUUAUGGAAUUCUGACAGUCUGGGCACGGCCCAGUACGUGAACACUUUUCCAGGUGUGUACAGAUGUAUUCAGACUGAAACCCUUCAGCUCAAAUGGUCUUAUUUUGACCGGCAGCAUGCUAUGGACAUACUAAGAGCUCCGUGCUCCCCCUCACCAGCCCGGCUCACAUCCUGUCCUCCUUCCCAGGGUGCGUCUUCCAGCCUGGUGGUGAAAUUCGCCGACACGGACAAGGAGCGCACCAUCCGCCGCAUGCAGCAGAUGGUGGGCCAGUUCGGCAUCUUCAACCCGGCCAUAGCGCUACCGUUCAGCACUUACAGCAGCUACGCCCACGCGCUGAUGCAGCAGCAGGCCGCGAUCAUGGCUGCCACGCAUGGCGGCUACCUGACACCCAGCGUGGCCUUCCCCACCGCACAGAUCCACCAGAUGGGGGCGCUCAACAUCAACGGCCUCCCGCCCACCCCCAUGACCCCGGUGUCGGGUGAGUUUCAUCAGGCUUCCGGUGAGCACUGUGCUUUCGUGACAUUUCGGCUGGGGGUGUGCGGGCGGUGGGGGGGUGAAUAAUGGAUGCUCAGCAAGGGCAGAAUAAGGGAUACAAUGACUGCCUACUAAUUAGAUGCUAACAGUUUUAUUUAUUUAUUUUUAACGCAGCUGUACAAUUUACAGCAGUCCAGCAGUACACUGCCUCAGCUCUGCAUGACUUUAAAUGUGUCUUUAACUCUGUGAUUCAGCCACAGCAUCCACUACCAGCUCAGUAUGAUGCCUUUAUUUCAUAUGCAGCACAGUAAAAGCUGGAUCUAUCAAAACCUGCGUUGCAUCACCUUAAUAAUUUGGCACCUUAGUAAUACCGUCAAACGGAGCGUAUGGCAGUCAUUUACCCUGACCUUUGACCUUGCAUGUAUAAUAAUCCUCGAUGUCUGCAUGCGAUGCCGUCGCAGUUUUACGUCAGGAAAUCCACCCGUCCCACUUUAUGGACAUCGGGAAAUGGCUCUGACAUUUACUGUAGCACAUUCGCUUGUGACACAAUAGCGGGGAAGUGGAGCGUUGUCGAUAUUCUCCAGCAAAGCUUGCAGUGUAAUGUGUGAAGCAGAAUUUUAGAUGCUGCUUUUUUGUACCCCUUAUUACAUUUGUAGCGAUUGGGGGAAUUUGGUUGGGUACCUGCUGAGGAUAACAGACCUGCAAGGUGAUGAGGCUGAAAUGCAGUCAGGGAAAGGCCCGCCCUAAGUUUAACUGGGGCCCAGUGGUGAAUUCUCGUUUUACAGGGUGAUUCGGGGAAACUCAUUAAUAUCCGUGAGAGAAGCGCUACCUGAUUGGCCAGUGAAUGCCUUAGACUGAGUUUACCAGCCAAUCAGGUAGCUUCUCUCAUGAAUAUAAAAGAGUUUUCCCAAACCACCCUGUACAAGGAACAUUCACGGCCCUUCAGCACCUACCUGCAGGCUUCAGUGACUCCCAUGAUGUUUUGCUGGAGAUACGUCUCCAUUGGUUAAAUGCAGAGAAACCUAGCAGUGACAGGAUAUCACCAGAAGGGCGGCGCCGAGAAGCCCGUCCGUCCCUGUGGUUCCUUCGCACCGUAUCUGCAGCGCAAGCGUUUGCGCCUCAGUCGCGUUCCGGUCCGUGACAUUCGUCGUUUUCAUCAAACACGUUCCGUCAUAUUUGCUGUGUCUCACUUUUCGCCCGGUGUAGUUUGACAGAAUAUCAUAGUCUGAAAGAGCGCGGCAGGGAAAAAAAAAAAAAAACAGAGAAACUCUAGUUAGACCCCAGCACAUCUGCUGAUGUUGGCUCGGAACCAGCUGAGUUCACUUGGCACCACGUCCAGGUCUGGUUUGCUGCAUGCACUGACAGACUGUCUUUUCACUGGACUGGUCGUGCAGGAGAAGGUUCGGCCCUGGACAACAGAUACGCUCCGCUGAUUACCUCGUAUUACUGAGUCCGCUGUGCUAUUAAUCCUGAAGAUAGCGUGUGGUCUCCGCGGAUCUUCAAGGCCCUGGGCUAAUGAGAAACCCCUGUUUUUUAUCCAUUUGUAUUUUGUAGGCAUUUGAUUUUUUUUUUUAAUCAGCACAUCUCUCCGUCUUAGCAGUGAAUUAUUUAAGAUCUUUACUUUGUUGAAGUAUUUAACGAUGCCGUUUCCAAGGUUCCCAAAUAUGUUUAUGAUACCUGGGGGGGGGGGGAGUAAAAGUCUUUUGAAAUCCUGCGACUAAUAAUUAAACAAAUUAAAAGAAAUGCGAAGGGCUGAGCUGGAUCUGUUUCUCAAAGCCGCGCACUUUAAUAAUGAGCAGGUGUCUCGGAGCGAACUGCAAAUCUGACGAUCAGAACAAUGCAAAUCACUGCACAGAACAUGACUCUGAGCAUAGAUACCACUGCGUCAUCUCCAUGCAGAUAUUUAAAUAAAACAAAAACAUAGUUAAAUGUGUUCAUAGUGUCAUUAAUGAUUAAAGAUUAAUGUUGACGUCCAUGCAUGUCUGAAGACAACCUGGUAGUACAUGGAUUUACACACACACACACACGCAUUUGUAUCUUUGUGGGGACCAUGCAUUCAUUCUGUGGACAUAACCCUAAUCCUAAAUACAACAACCUUAACCACUGCCCAGCCCUAACCUUAACCAUAAGUAAGCAAACAAAAUUCAAGACUUUUGGCAUUUUUAGUUUUUUGAUUGCAGUCACAGAUUUUUAUACAAUUGAGUUUCCCCUUGUUGGGAUAGAAAUCAUGUCCCCACAAGGACAAAAUAACAGGUUUUUAUCAUUUGGUCCCCACAAUGUAAUAUGUAUACGCACACGCACACACACAGCCGGUCACGAUUUGAAACAGGGCACCUGAAUAAAACUUCAAGGUUAUACCUUUGGAAAUAAAGGAGCAGAGUUUAGAUGGCACCAAUGUAACACAUUUAAGGUUUACGAUUGUGUGAAAGCCUGGACGGAUCA